AUAGUACAGGUUUCUGAUAGAGUGAGUGGUGUGAUUUUGUCUUAGGUGUCGAUCUCCUCUGAGGAGCCGGAUGCGCCCAGCAGGUGUGCAAGCCAAUCUGAUGGCCUCGGAGAUGAGGGGCCGGCGGACUCAUACGUACGCGGGGGUCUGAGCCUCGCUGCCCGGUGGCCGCGGGAGCCCUGUCCCAAGAACAUGACUACGGCCCAGAACGGCCAUGGGCCAACGGCGGCCAUCACCUGCUCCGCCUCGGACUCCCGGGAUCCCAGCACCGGGGCGAGCCAGAACGGGGCGUGCGGCGCGGAUGCGGAAGCGCAGGGUGCCAAGCUCAGCCCCUCCAAGCUCGUGCGCCUCUUCUCCAUGAGUCGGAAGAGAAUGAACGCUCAUGCCGAGAGACCCCGCUCCAUGGUCCUGGUGGGAAACUCCUCGACGUGGAACGCUCUGGCCUCCUUCCGGAAAAUGGGAUCCUUCAAGAAGCUCAAGUCCUCGGUCCUGCAGGGGAUUCAAAACCGAGAAGGGUCAGAUCCCUGGAAGGAGGAGGCUGCAGAACGCGACUCAGCCAAAGCCCUCGCCAAUGGCGCUGUGCCGGGAGGCCCGGCUGGCAGGUGCUCCUUGUCCACCCUGGCAACGGAGCCCCUCAAGACUGGGGACGGCUGCGGGUCGGACUGCUCGGACCCCGAGGACGCGGACGAUGCCUUCCAGCGAAGCACCCACCGCUCCCGCAGCAUCCGCAGGGCCUACGGCCUGGGCCGCAUCAGCUUAUUGGACGCAGAGAAGCCCCAGGAUUCCCAGCACCCCGGCCGACCCCUGUCCCCGAUCCUCCAGGAACCUGCCCUUUGCGAAAUCCUAUUGAAGGACUCCGAGAACGACAGCAUUGCCUACCGCAGAAGCAAGAGCACGGAUAACCUGAGUUUCCUAAGGAAGAGCUCCUUCAAGCGCAAGUCUGCCUCCAACCUGGCCGAUCUGCGCGCCGCCGCUGCGCACGACAAGCCGCAGGUGCCGCAGCGGACCCUCAGCAGCUCCUCCACCGACUCGGACAAACUCGGCGGCUCCGAGAGAAGGACCAAACGUUGGAGGAGCCCCAUCAGAGCCAUGGACUUGGACCGAGUCCUGAAAUUUGUGAGCAACGUGACGGACGCUGCUUGGAAGAGAGAAGGCCCUAAAGGCGCUGCCCCUGCCCCUGCCGAGGCCCACCCGAGGCUCGGGCUGCACAGCCGGCUGCACGACGACUACUCCCGCCGGGUGUCCAGCUGCACAGAGCCCGACCGGCGGUGCGCGGCGUCGCCCGUGCGCAGCGUGCCUGCGUCCUUCCCUGCUGCCACCUGUCACGAUGCCCGAAUAGACGUUGACACGGCUGUGUUCCCCCUGGAAGCCCAGAGCUCAUGCCCCCCGGAGAGGAAUGGCCCCCGCACCAGCAGCAGCGCCUCGUCCAGUCCUCUGGCCUCAGAGUUGUCCAGCCAAGAUGCCGGGGAACCACGCUCUGGCAGCCGGUUCACCUUUGAGUCGGAGCAGCCUCCCACCCCUCUGAGGCCCACCACGCCCAAACCCCCUAGCCCUCAGAGCCCAGGAGCGCUCAGCUAUCCCAGCAACCUCAGUGUGCUGUCUCUGAGUUCGGUGGAAAGUGAAGGAAAAGCUGAGGACCCUGCUCAACGCGAGGCAGGGCCUGCCACCUGCCAGGAUUCCAUGCCAACCACUGCGGGCAUUGAUGAAGACAGCCAGGACAGUGGCUCUGGGAGCCACCCUCCGCUGAGUCCCGUGGAAAAGAAGGAGGAGCAGGUUGUUACUGAUGACAGCUGGAGGCGAGGUUCAUCCCAGGAUGAGGAAAAGCCGGAUGCUCAGAGAGUCCCCCGGCGGCGCUGGGGCUCCGGGAGGCGCUCCCGGCCGAGGCCGCUCUCCGACUAUGGCCAGCUGGCCAGCCGAAGCUCGUCCAUCCCCGAAGACGCGGUCGCUGCGAGCCCCCAGGGUGAGGACUGUGUGGAUGGGGACGGCGCAGCCAGCGUGACCUCCUCCAGGCCUGCAGACCAGAGCGCUCCAGCGGCCCACGCCAAGGGCGCCCGGAGAAGGCGCCCCAUUUCCGUGAUAGGAGGGGUCAGCUUCUAUGGGAACAACCAGACAGAGGAAAUCGAGAAUCUUCUCACACAACCAACAGCCAGGCCGCCGGUGCCUACGCAUCAGGUGCCGCCCUACAAGGCCGUGUCGGCCCGGCUCCGGCCCUUCGCCUUUUCCCAGAGCACCCCCAUCGGACUGGACCGCGUGGGACGCCGGCGGCAGAUGCGAGCGUCCAACAUUUCUUCAGAUGGAGGUACGGAAUCUUCCGCCUUAGUCGAUGACAACGGUAGUGAGGAGGACUUCAGCUAUGAAGAACUUUGCCAAGCCAACCCUCGGUAUCUGCAGCCAGGUGGGGAACAGCUGGCCAUCAACGAGCUCAUCAGUGAUGGCAGUGUGGUGUGCGCAGAGGCCCUGUGGGACCAUGUGACCAUGGACGAACAGGAACUGGGCUUCAAGGCUGGUGACGUCAUCCAGGUUCUGGAAGCCUCUAACAAGGACUGGUGGUGGGGUCGCAAUGAGGACAAGGAAGCCUGGUUCCCCGCGAGCUUCGUGAGACUGCGAGUCAAUCAGGAGGAGCUGUCGGGGAAUUCCAGCAGCACUCCGGGAGAGGAGCAGGAGGAGGAGGCCGGCAGGAGCCGCCACAAGCACUCUGAGAACCAGCACCAGAUGCGGACCAAUGUCAUCCAGGAGAUCAUGAACACUGAACGGGUGUACAUCAAGCACCUCAAAGACAUCUGCGAGGGUUACAUUCGACAAUGUCGUAAGCAUACAGGAAUGUUCACUGUUGCACAACUUGCCACUAUUUUUGGAAACAUUGAAGAUAUUUACAAAUUCCAAAGAAAGUUUCUGAAGGACCUUGAGAAGCAAUACAACAAGGAGGAACCUCAUUUAAGUGAAAUAGGAUCCUGCUUUCUUCAACAUCAAGAAGGCUUCGCCAUCUAUUCCGAGUACUGCAACAACCACCCGGGCGCCUGUGUGGAGCUGUCCAACCUCAUGAAGCAGGGCAAGUACAGGCACUUCUUCGAAGCCUGCCGCCUGCUGCAGCAAAUGAUCGACAUCGCCCUCGAUGGCUUCCUGCUCACGCCAGUGCAGAAGAUCUGCAAAUACCCACUGCAGCUGGCCGAGCUGCUCAAGUACACCACGCAGGAUCACAGUGAUUACAGCAACAUAAAGGCCGCCUACGAGGCCAUGAAAAAUGUGGCCUGCUUGAUCAACGAGCGCAAACGCAAGCUGGAGAGCAUCGACAAGAUUGCCCGCUGGCAAGUGUCCAUCGUGGGCUGGGAGGGCCUAGAUAUUUUAGAUCGAAGCUCAGAAUUGAUUCAUUCUGGGGAACUGACCAGAAUCACGAAGCAGGGCAAGAGCCAGCAACGGACAUUUUUCCUGUUCGACCACCAGCUGGUGUCCUGCAAGAAGGACCUGCUGCGCCGGGACAUGCUCUACUACAAGGGCCGCAUCGACAUGGACGAGAUGGAGCUGGUGGACGUGGAGGAUGGGCGGGACAAGGACUCGAACCUCAGUGUGAGGAACGCCUUCAAGCUCGUCAGCAGGACCACGUCGGAGGUUCAUCUGUUCUGUGCCAAAAAGCAGGAAGACAAGGCAAGGUGGCUGCAGGCCUGCUCCGAUGAGAGGCGGAGGGUGCAGGAGGACCAGGAGAUGGGCAUGGAAAUCUCAGAAAAUCAGAAGAAGCUCGCUAUGUUGAAUGCUCAAAAGACAGGACAUGGAAAGUCCAAAAGCUACAGCGGAUGCCCCGUGGCACCACCACACCAGGGCCUGCACCCCCUCCACCAGCGCCACAUCACAGUGCCCACCAGCAUCCCUCAGCAGCAGGUGUUUGCCCUGGCAGAGCCCAAAAGAAAGCCUUCCCUCUUCUGGCACACCUUCAACAAGCUUACACCCUUCAAGAAGUGAAGCUGAGGUGCCGCGAGGAGCACCGUGCUCAGGUCUUCUCAGCAAUGCGAGGAAAUGUCUGCAACUGGUGCUGAAACCUUUUGGGGAUCAAUGAAGGAGCGAGGGACUUGGGUUCCGUUCAGGCUCUGGAGACCCAGCUGCCUUUUCUGGCAGGAAGCAGAAGGUCCUGACACAGCUCAUCCACAGGAGAGCCCCAGGGCCCACGUGGCGGGCCACAGUGGCUGCCCACGCUGUGGCCCCCACGAACCGCACCAUGACGGGCCCACUCUUGCUGCGGUCCGAGCACAUUUCAUCCCAAGCGAUGGCUUGAUGGCAGGUCACUUCCUUAUUAGGUUUUGGAGAGAGUCGUCGACAAGGAGUUGGUAGGACACUCACUUGCCCUAGCACAUGUCUGGUCGUACCUAGCGGGUGCGCUCUUACUCACUGGCAUAGUAUUAGGGGCCCUACAGCUGCGGUGACUGUGGCUGUGGUCUUCCCAGUAUUGUCUGGGCCUUCAUAGUUACCAAAUGACAGGCACAAGCUUUGUCCUACAAGGCUGGGGACAAGCAGAUGUGGCCACGAGUACCUGGCCGCCUGUGGCUUGCAGUUCAUGGAUGGAACCCGGCUCCGGGCCCGUCCUCAGGCCAACCCUCACCUGCCUCAGCGUCUUGUGUAACCGCACAAGCAGAAGUGACAUCCCGUACCAGUGUCUGAGAAGCUGCCGUUCCCGCAACUGCUGGCAACCGGAGAGCCCGUUAAACAUCCCGCGGAUGAUGCAGCCAGCAGGAAGUACUGUGUUUCAAAAAGCAUCCUCUGCUUCUUCCCGUGCUCAUCUGACGGCCUCGCCCAUCACAUUGCAAAGACACGGGCUUCACAUGAGAAAACAUGAAGGGCAUGGGGUCCUGCUCCGCAGGGACUGGCAGCUGGCUUUGUCACGUGAGCCCUGGCCGUCAUGACGUCAGCAGACACCUGAAGGCCCGUCGUUGAGAAGGAGACCUUGACGAAAUACCUCGGCUCAGAGAGAGCGUUCUUUCCAAAUGAAGGCGACACAGGGCUGGGGCCCGCAGGUAAUGCCUCCUUUUCCGGGACCAAACUGCAAAAUGUGAUGGCUAUACUCGCUGAGAAUGCCUGGAGCAGGCAGGCGCUGCCAGCCAGGGAAGCUUGCUCACCCCUUGGCACACUGGGUAGAGAAUGGAGCCUCUUGCAUUUUGUGGCUUGGACCAGCCCCAGUUUUUAUAUGCUAUUCUUGCACAGUUCUUUUUUCUAAUAGACCUAUAUAUGCAAAUAAACACAUCUUCAAACAGAGGUGUUAUCUGAGUCUCCAGCUGGGUGGGCUUGCUGUUCUCCCCCACCUUUCCCUAUAACCAAAGCUGUUAAAGAGGUGCUGGUUCAGCACCGUGAAAACAACCCUGACCCUGGAGCUCCGUGUUAACUGUCCACGGCCCUGCUGUGGCAUCCCGGGAAUGCCUGCCUGCCUGCCAGGCAGCGGUACCAGGAGGUCCCCAUGCCCUCUGAGCAGCCGCUGCCCAGGGUUGCAUCUGUGGCCCCACACACCAGAUCCCAAGGUAGAGAAGUUGCCACCUGCGGGAGGUCGUUCUGAGAUGCUGCGGCUUCAGCCAUGGGAGGCCCCCCCGGGGGUGGCUGUCUUUCCCUGCUGGAGUUUCACAGAACUGACCCAGCAAAAUACACUUAAACUGGUUCUUUAGGACACCUCUCCGUACCUAGAGGGGUCUGUGUGAUACACGGAGUUUUUGUUUCUGCAGAAGUUCUCAACAGUGUUUUAUGUAUACAUGCCAUAAGAAUUGCUUUAAGGAAACCAAGAGAAGCCUUCACAUGUGUUACAUUUCCAGUGAGGGCUCAGCUCCGGUGCGGAAUCUCUCGGAGAGCUUCCAUUUCCUGCUUGAAGUUCUGGAACCAGUCCAGCCCUGGCUUCCAGCUCCCACCUACCUCCACGGACUUCCUGACAGAGACUGCUGAGGACUCGGUGUGUUUUUGUAGAAAGUCAGGUGCCGUGCAAGUCCGAGCUCGUCCCAGGAGCGUCACACGGUCUGAGAGUCGCCUGAUCAGUGUCCCAGGCAGAUCCCCAUUUGGCUUUUCAGGUGAUUUUGAAACUGUUACCACAUUUUUUUUUAAUGGAUAAACCAUUUUUUGACUUCCUAAAAAUUAUGUCUUGCUUAGGUUUUGUUAGCAAAUAUUUGAGUUCUACAAAGAAUAGAGGCCCCAACUGUCUUCAUUUUUGCUGUUGUUGUUUGCCAAACAUCCUUCUUUAUUUAAAUCACAUGAUCCUCUUGG